AUGUACAAGUAUCCUCCUCCACGAUACCAGGCUGCUUCGCUUGCAGCCGAGGCACCCGGAGCAAGCGAUGCUCUAGCAAUUGAUCCCGCGAAAGGCACUGAAGACAAGGAGAGAAACGGAACUGACAUAAUCCGCGGCUUUAUUUUCGAAGAACCACCAGUCAAGCAGUCAACCUUGGGCGAGCUUCUGCCCGGGAAGCUUAAGUCGACACCGCGUCCGCCGCCCUCUUCGCUUCAGGAGCUGGAACGCCUCGCUGCGUCUUGCUCUCCGUACGAAAAUGUGCAAGCCUGCAUGAAGGAGCAGAUGAUCAAGGCGCUCGCCACGAGGUCCGACUCCAUCUUCGUGCACAGCCAGGAUGGCAAAACGUACCAAGAACCUUUCGCGGUCCGUGGUGUGCCUAUCGAGCGCAUUGAAGAGUCGUCUCCUUACUGGCAGCCAAGCUGGUCAUCCCUUGAGGAGCUCCUUCUAAAGGAGGAAGUUGCGCAGCAAAAGAAAGCGGAAUACCGUGCCCAGGCCGAAGCACUAGGCGUCCCCAAAACGGAUAAGAAGCACAAACUCCGAAAAGAGGAGAAGACCGCAAGCGACGAUUGCAGCAAGUAUGCGAAGAUUCGAGAAAUCUUUGGCAAUGGAAAUGGAAAAUAUCACCCCAACCAGUUGGUCGCCAAAAAGUACAUGCCACCAAAGGGGCUAUGUGAAAAAGAACUCCUCUACAAACUUGCUCUUAAGAUCUCCAAUCUUCAAGAGCUUUUUCAGAAGAAGAAGCUGUCUAUGGACCCCUACGACUUUUACCGAUGGACCAUUUGCAAGAAUUUGAAGACCGAUCUCCACAACGCGCUGAACAACUCUCACAAUGGCUUAACUGGCCUCAUCCGCACAAUGGGAGACGACGGAAAGCAUGCAGAUCCAGUCUUCCGCACUAUUGUCCUCUAUUGGGCGUCCCUUACUGGGAACGAAAAUAAAUUUGGAAAGAACAAGAAAGCAUCCACGCCACGCGCUAGGUCGGAGACACGCACCAGGUUGGGGCCAUGUAGCGCACGGGAGCCACGCAGCAAGCUAUAUGAAAAGCAGCACCCCCCGAGCGCUUAUCGUGGUCUUGGAGGUCGCGAUCUAGCAUCUCUAAGCUCGCACAAUAAGAUGAUGCAACGCAGGAAGCGUCGAAACCUGGCGAAGGAAGAGGCUGCUCGGCCCAAGGUUUUUGAAGGAGUAAAUGCCCACCGAGCUGAAAUGGGCGUGGCGCUGACGAAUGCUGAUCAGCAGAAAGCUGCAAAUGUAUCCCCCGGGCGUUUUGAGGUUUUGAGAGAUAUCUCGUCACGUGAAUGCAAUACGCAAGAUGUGAUUGGCCAAUUCAAACAAAAACUGGAGCUUUCUGCAACCUUUCCACCCGAAGCAGCUCAUCUCACAAAUCCCUCGACAACAGGCCACCACUUCUUCUCCAUUCGCCUCACCACCAGCAACCCGACCGAUUGCACAGAACUGUCGCCUUUGCCCGCCAUGUUCAUGCAACGCACCGUCAUCGCCGCGGCCCGCCGUGCGGCCAUCAAGCCGACCGUCGCCCGCACCUUCACUACCUCCUUUGUCCGCCGCGAGGCUGCCAAGGGCCCUUCCACACCCGCUGACCAGGCAGCCGCCCUCUCUGGAGAGAGCAGCAAGUCCAUUGGCAGCUACAAGACCUUUACCCAGGUCAAGACUGAGGACGACCUGUUCGGACCCGGCGCCAAGGCUGGCACCGUCCCUACCGACCUCGAGCAGUCGACUGGUCUGGAGCGUCUCGAGAUUCUCGGCAAGAUGGAGGGCGUCGACAUCUUUGACAUGCGCCCCCUCGACGCUAGCCGCCUGGGCACGAUGGAGGAUCCCAUCAAGGUCCGCUCUGCUGGCGACGAGCAGUACCUCGGCUGCACCGGCUACCCGGCCGACUCUCACGUCGUGACCUGGCUCGGCAUCUCCAAGGAGCGCCCCAUUGAGCGCUGCCCCGAGUGCGGCAGCGUCUACAAGAUGGACUACGUCGGCCCCGAGGACGACCACCACGGCCACCACCACGGCCCCGAGUACCCCGAGCCCCAGACCUUUGCCGACUACAUCAAGCCCGAGUACCGCUACCGAUGA